AUCCAAAUUGCCCGAAUGCCCGGAGACUCAUUUGAUUCGAUCGAAAGUGUCGUCAUUUUGGAUUAAAAACAAGGUCUAUCGGGUUCCGGGCUAUCGGCGCCGGAGUUGUCCUCGCUGCUGGGAAGUAGGGAAGGGAUCUGACCUUAUGCCUGGGUGGUUGAGGGAGGGGAUUGUAGAGAGACAAGUGGGGAAUGAGGCCUUUUUGGGUGCUCCUCUGUGAUCGAGUGGUAUCGACGUUAAAAUCUGCACAUCAUCUCUCUCUCUCUUCCUGACAUCCUUCUUCUCUGAUCGACUGUGCGAUAGUCAUGAGACUCUCUCACAUCCUGUUCACUCUGGCUGUAGCCGCUAACACUGUUCUGGCAUGGCAGCCAGACUAUAUUCUCCGGAUCAGCAAUCAAACCAUUGCGAGCGACUGUCAACCUAGAUCCAGUGUGGUGGUAAAUGGCACGGCACCCGGACCCCUCUUGACAUUCCAAGAAGGACAACAUUACUGGGUACGAGUAUUCAAUGAUCUCCCGGAUCAGAAUACGACAAUCCAUUUCCAUGGAUUCACUCAAUAUACAACACCGUUCUCUGAUGGCACACCUCUCACGAGCCAGUGGCCAAUUCCUCCCGGACACUUUUACGACUACGAGUUCAAUCUCGAGGAUGGCUUCCACGGAACAUACUGGUACCACUCACACGUCAACAUGCAAGUUCUCACUGCUCAAGGUCCAGUCAUUGUAGAGCCAAAGAACAAGACGGCUCCGAUUGAUUAUGAUGAAGACAUCGUCAUGAUGCUAAGUGAUGAUUAUCAUGCUUCGGACGAGACAAUCGUUGCUGGACUUCUGAACACUUCAGUGUUCGGAUGGCUCGGCGAGCCUCAAAACUUACUGGUCAACGGUCACGCGCCUGGAGAAUGUAAUGAGACGGCCUUGUCUGCAGGGCAGACCUGCAACGUCACUUGUGGCAACAAUCUGCAGAAAGUUUUGCCUGGAAAAAAGUACAGAGUCCGAGUGAUCGGCGCCACUGUUCUUAGUUACAUCGGCCUUGCUCUGGAGGGCCACAACAUGACGGUUAUCGAAGUGGACGGCACAUACGUUGAGCCUUAUCCCGUUGUAGAUCUGGAGCUUGGAGCAGGGCAGAGGUACUCAGUCAUCAUCGAGACCAUGCAGAAUCCGCCGAAACACGACUAUCACUGGCGUUUAAGGACCAUGUGGAGACCUACACGAGUCAAUGGUUCUGCUUUGUGGCAGUACGAUGAUGAUGCGCCGUCCAAUUGCCCAUAUGACAAUCACGGUCCAGUCUCUUCUGCUGCCACACCGACAAAUCUCAACGAGACCGUAUAUUUGCCAGAGGAAAAGUUUGGAUGGUACUCUGAUGACUUUGUACAGUGGAACUCGACGGAAUAUCCGCCUACAGAUGAUGAGGUCACUCGUGUCAUCGUCCUCAAUGGUCAACAGCUCGUCGCCGGGAAAUCUGGAUUCAGAUGGUCUGUCAACAACCACCUGUACAACGGCACCACGCCUCAUGUGCCGUACCUCGUCGGCUUGUACUCCGAGAACCCCACAGAGAGGAUGCCAAACUACUCGAUUGCUCUCCAACACGGCGGGUAUGAUCCGUUGUCAAACACAUAUCCUGCUAAACUCGGAGAGGUCCUAGACAUCGUUAUUGAGAAUCACGCUGGUCCCACGUCCGGUAUGGCGGAAGCUCACCCGUGGCACUCGCAUGGGAGAAAGUACUGGGACAUGGGCUCCGGAACCGGAAACUUCUCCUAUGCCGCCCUGAACGCAUCCCGAGCAGCAGCAAAGGGUUUACCCUACCUCCGAGACACGUCUGUUGUGUACCCAAGCCCUGGCGCGGCGUACAACGGCAGUGUGACUGGUAAUUACAGCGAUGCGGGGUGGAGACUGUUCAGAAUCAAGGUGGAGGAUCCCGGCACCUGGCUCGUUCACUGCCAUAUCACACCUCAUCAAGUCAUGGGAAUGAUGACGGUCUUCAUGUACGGCGCGGAAGAUCUCGCUCCGAUUCCCGAGUCGUUGGUCCAUGAAUUCCUGACGUAUGGCGGAGGCGCAUACGGUGAACGGACCUAUUCAUACUCUACGAUCCCUCGAUCCUUCUUCUCAGAGAUGAAGAGAGCGGCAGAGGAGCUGAGAAUGUUGGAGAGAAUCCGACGUUCCGCGAAAGGUCUCAGGGAAUACGUGGGUGGAGGAAGAAGCGCUGUCAGCGCGGAUCGGAAGGGCUGAAGUUGGGUGUUGACGCGAGUAGAGCGUGGAUCGGAGUGCUUCCGCUCUCUGAUUCAAUUAAACAUUGUCCUGUAGCUGUUCAGACUAGAUUGGCUUGCAUAAUCGAGAUGCAAAUUGAAAG